GGGAGGCUGUCACCGUACAUAAGAGGUGGAUGGCACCCUGGUCUACCACAGGGCAGGCCUUGGUAAGAUUUGGGCCUAGAACAAAUAGUUUGGCAGAGGAGGAUUGAUCAGGAUCAGUGCAGUUAUUAUGGUGAUCCUGGUCAUCUCUAUACUACUAAAGGAAAUAGCGGUCCUCGCGCGGGGCCCAAUAGAAACCGGGUGCCGCCGCGCGGGACCGCUCUCGGGCAGUGGGCAAGGGGGAACCGACGGCGUGGCGGUGUUGGGAAGUGGCAGCGUCGAAAAGCGCAUAGCAAAAGGCGCGACUGAAAAGCGCAUAGCGAAAGGCCUCGCGUCGGAAAAGAUCGGGAACGGAGCAGCUCGCGUUCGAGCCAUGCGAGUUGUGGACGGUGGCAUGGAGUCGGGGAGAGCGGGCAGGGGAAAAAAAAGCAGGAGGAAGUGGUCGGGUCGAAAAAGGCCGGGAAUGAAGCGGCUCCCGUUUGAGUUAUGCGGGUUGUCGACCGUGGCAUGCGGUCGGAGAGGGUGGCAUGCACUCAGCGAGCGCGCGCGCAGGCGAUUGUUCGGGAGUGAAGCGGGAGGAGGAGCGGGAGGAGGAGCGGCAGGGGAAACGGGGAGGGGGUUAGGAGCGGGAGGAGCACGACGGGAAACGGGAACUGGAAGAGGCGGAGGAGGAGCGGGAGGACUGGGAGAAGGGAUGGGGAAGGAGCGGGAGCGGGGCUAUGGCAAGCGAAGAGGAGCGGGAGAAGGAGGGGGAUGCAGUCGGGGAGAGCGGGCAGGGGAAAAAAAAGCGGGAGGAAGUGUUCGGAGAGGGUGGCAUGCACUCAGCGAGCGCGGGCACAGGCGAUCGUUCGGGAGCGAAGCGGGAGGAGGAGUGGGAGGAGGAGCGGCAGGGGAAACGGGGAGGGCAUUAGGAGCGGGAGGAGCACGAGGGGAAACGGGAAGGGGCGGAGGAGGAGCGGGAGGAGGACUGGGAAAAGGGAUGGGGAAGGAGCGGGAGCGGGGCUAUGGCGAGCGAAGAGGAGCGGGAGAAGGAGGGGGAUGCAGUCGGGGAGAGCGAGCAAGGGGGAAAAAAGCGGGAGGAAGUGGUCGGGUCGGAAAAGGCCGGGAACAAAGCGGCUCCCGUUCGAGUCGUGCGGGUUGUAGACCGCGAUCGUUCGGGAGCGCAGCGGGAGGAGGAGCGGGAGGAGGAGCGGGAGGAGGAGCGACAGGCGAAAUGGAGAGGGGGUUAGGAGCGGGAGGAGCACGACGGGAAACGGGGAGGGGCGGAGGAGGAGCGGGAGGAGGACUGGGAGAAGGUACGGGGAAGGAGCGGGAGCGGGGCUAUGGCGAGCGAAGAGGAGCGGGAGAAGGAGGGGGAGGAGGAACGGGGGGAAGAGCAGAAGCAGCAGCGGGAGGAGCAGCAGCAGCAGGAGCGGGAGGAGGAGCAAGAGGGGGAGCGGGAGAAGGAGAGGGAGGAGGAGACGGGGGACGAGUGGGUGAAGGAGCGGGAGCGGGGUUAUGGCGGGAUCUUUGUCAUGUUGUUUGGUGGAGGAGUGAGAGGACGAGGAGUGGGAGGAGCGGGAGAACGACCGGGAGGGAGAGUGGGAGGGGAAACGGGAAGGAGUGGAGGAGGCGCGGGAGUGGGGGGGGAAGUGGACAUUGAUUGAUUGAACAAUCCAAAAAAUAAUUAAAAAAAUCGCCACGUUCUCCUUUUUUGUUCUCAUUUUUUUGUUUUCGUCUUUCAAUCAAUCAAAUCAACCAUG